AUGAGUUCUUCACAAACCCAGGCACGUCAGCCAGACGUUGUCAUUGAGGCCGAAGAGGUUGACUCUGCACUUGGAGACGACUUGUCGACUUACACCCUCUCUCUCAGAUCGAGCCUAUUGCAAGGCGUACAGGAAAAUGGUAGGGUCUACCACAAGUACAAAGACGGCUCCUACAUCCUCCCCGAAGACAGCUUGGAGCGGGAACGGCUGGAUAUACAGCACGAGAUAUUUUUGGCUACAUUCGGUCGAAAGCUUUUUCUUGCUCCUGUUCAACGGCCGAUGCAGGAGGUCAUUGACCUGGGCACGGGGACCGGCAUCUGGGCAAUCGAAUUUGCCGACCAGCAUCCUGAAUCCAAUGUUCUGGGCAUCGAUCUCAGCCCAAUUCAGCCCCGUGCUAUCCCACCAAAUUGCAAAUUUGACGUGGAUGAUUUUGAUACUCGGUGGACCUUCAACAGAAGGUUUGAUUUUAUCCACGGAAGAAUGCUCCUCGCUUCCUGCUCUGAUUUCCCGAGGCUCUUUCGCCGCGCCUUGGAUGCUCUGCAACCUGGUGGGUGGCUUGAGAUGCAGGACCUUUAUAUGCCUAUCUUAUGUGACGAUGGCACACUCAAUGGAACGGCCUACGGGGAGUGGAAUGACAGAUAUAUAGAAGCUUGUGUAGGGCUUGGAAGGGAUCCCUCUUGGACUGCCAAGUACAAGGACUGGAUGGUCGAGGCCGGAUUUACAGGGGUUAGACAAAAGAUUUUCAGGUGGCCUGUCAACCCGUGGCCGAAGGACAAAACUCUGAAGGAGAUAGGCAUUUGGAAUAUGAUCAACAUGCAGGACGGGCUGGAUGGUUUCACAAUUCGACUCUGGACAACAGCGUUCGGUAUGACGGCGGAGGAGAUCCGAAUAUUUCUCGUGCAGGUACGGAAAGACCUGCGCGACACAAGGAUUCACUCGUACUGGCCUAUGUGA